UACAGAAGCGCUGAGGUGGGUCGCUGGUCGGUCGUCUGGCGGAGGAGGGAGAGCGGCGGCCUCGCCCAACAUGCACAGCCUAGCAACGGCUGCGCCUGUGCCCACUGCACUGGCUCAGGUGGAUAGAGAAAAGAUCUAUCAGUGGAUCAACGAGCUGUCCAGUCCUGAGACAAGGGAAAAUGCUUUGCUGGAGCUAAGUAAGAAAAGAGAGUCUGUUCCUGACCUUGCACCCAUGCUGUGGCAUUCAUUUGGUACUAUUGCAGCACUUUUACAGGAAAUUGUAAAUAUUUAUCCAUCCAUCAACCCACCCACCUUGACAGCUCACCAAUCUAACAGAGUUUGCAAUGCUCUGGCCUUAUUGCAAUGUGUGGCAUCACAUCCAGAAACAAGGUCAGCAUUUCUUGCAGCACACAUCCCACUUUUUUUGUACCCCUUUUUGCACACCGUCAGCAAAACACGUCCCUUUGAGUAUCUUCGGCUGACCAGCCUUGGAGUUAUUGGGGCCCUGGUUAAAACAGAUGAGCAAGAAGUAAUCAACUUUUUAUUGACAACAGAAAUUAUUCCUUUAUGUUUGCGCAUUAUGGAAUCUGGAAGUGAACUUUCUAAAACGGUUGCAACAUUCAUCCUCCAGAAGAUCCUCUUAGAUGACACUGGUUUGGCUUAUAUAUGUCAGACAUAUGAACGUUUCUCCCAUGUUGCUAUGAUCUUGGGUAAGAUGGUCCUGCAGCUAUCCAAAGAGCCUUCUGCCCGUCUGCUGAAGCAUGUGGUGAGAUGCUACCUUCAACUCUCAGAUAAUCCCAGGGCACGUGAAGCACUCAGGCAGUGCCUCCCUGACCAGCUGAAGGACACAACCUUUGCCCAGGUGCUAAAAGAUGACACCACCACAAAGCGCUGGCUUGCACAACUGGUGAAGAACCUGCAAGAGGGUCAGGUCACUGAUCCCCGGGGUAUCCCUCUGCCCCCUCAGUGAUCUUCCCUUACCCCUCCCACUACUCCCCUAUGUUGGGGAAGAGAGGGGGAACCUAGGAGGAUAAACAGCUCAGGUUUUAUCAUCAAUGGAAUAGACAACCUCAAUGAACUGCGCUGAAGAAAGGGGCCAAGAUACCCCUGCAGAGGUGUAUGGGCUGCCAUCUUAGGCUGCUUUGAGGACCUGGGCUUCCUCUGCUCCUCCCAGAAAAUGAGCUCCUGUCACAGCAGUCUGCCACCACAGACCCAGGAGGGUAUCAACACCAGCAAAUGCUGUAUUUGCAGCGUGCCCAAGAUGACCCUUCCUCCCCAUCUCUACCUAGCCACUGGCAGAAAGAGGAGACGGUGAUAAUAGCAGCAGCAUGAUGAACGCCUGGGACCAAGCUUGUGGCAUUUUUUAUUUUGCCUUCCUGGAAGACUCAAAAUGUGUCUCUUCAUUCUCUCUCUGUAUUUGUUUACUUUGCUGUUUGGUUUUUAAUCUCAGAGAGAGGUGUGUUUAGUGGGCACAAGCUGUAAUAUUCAGCAAAACUUUGUCAGUUGGCACUGUUUACAAGUCUGUUAGCUGCAUAAGCUCAAUAAAAAGUUGGUCUGGGCAUUAAAAAAAAAAAAAA